AAUGCUUGCGUGUCAUUAAAUGUGGGCUGGUGCGCAUUGCUCGUGGCUCGCAUUCUAGAAAAAAAACUUGCCAUAGAGCACAGCUUUAUUUAACGGACUCUCGGUAUUCUCUCUGCUCUCAGAGGCUCAGUUACUGUUUCAACUUUCAACUUUCAGCUUUCAGGAAGUUGGCAACUCUUUCUUCGCGCUAAACCCUUCCGCCAGACCUGUGGUUUUGCACUUUUGCUGCCUAUUAUCGCUCGAGUUUCUCCAUGAAAACCCCAGUCGUUAUCCACGGUUAGCGAAACCUCUCGCGUUCACCGUACGGCACAGAGCGACUGAGCACUUUUCUUCAAGACUUCAAGUUGAAAAUCACUAGAAGAAGGAAUUUUGAUCAGCAGAAAAGGAUGGAACGUAAGACGCCUAGCAAGAGGUCCAUUAUAGAGUGCCUGGAUGACAGCGACGAGAAGGUCUACAAAUUCAGGAUUCUUUUACCGAAUGGCACCACCACGGAGCUAACAUUGCGAGAGCCAGGGGAAAUGAUUUACGUGCAUGAGUUUAUAGAUGCUGUCAAGCAUGAAUAUUUCAGGAAUACUAAAACAACGGAAACCUCCAAGCCCAGGCGAAAGAUUUUGUGGAAGAGCAAAAGCAUUUAUCUGGAGGAUGUUUUUGAAAAUAAAUUCAGAAAGCAAAUCUAUUUCAAAAACUUCAAACCAUUUAAGUGCCACAUCUUAAAGUUUCACGAUGGUGCCGAAGACAUUGCUGAUAGGUUUGAGAAUAUGUGGGAUUUGACUCCAGACACAGAUUUACUCAUGGAGCUUCCGGAAGAGUAUACGUUUGAGACUGCUCUAGCUGACCUAAUAGACAAUUCAUUACAAGCUAUAUGGUCUAAUAGUCCUGACGAGAGGAGAUUAAUUAGAGUGACAAUUGACAAACGAGGAAUUGCUAUUUUUGACACCGGUCCUGGAAUGGAUGGCAGUGAUGAAAAUUCUAUUGUGAAGUGGGGAAAAAUGGGUGCGUCGCUUCAUAGGUCAUCUAGAGGGCAAGCAAUUGGAGGAAAACCUCCCUAUUUGACACCUUUCUUUGGUAUGUUUGGUUAUGGGGGACCUAUUGCAAGCAUGCACUUAGGGAGGUGUGCUUUAGUUUCAUCCAAGACAAAAGAGUCAAAGAAAGUCUAUACACUACAUCUCGAGAGAGAUGCUUUGCUCAGUAGUUCUGGGUCUGAACAGACUUGGCGGACUGAUGGUGGAUUAAGGGACCCUUUUGAUGAUGAACUUAGCCAAUCGCCCCAUGGAAGCUUUACAAAGGUUGAAAUUUUUGAGCCUAAGAUUAGAAGUUUGGAUGUAUUUCAACUCCAAUGCAAACUAAAGGACAUCUAUUUUCCAUACAUUCAGUAUGAUGAAGUAUCCACAGGGAAGACUAAAAUGCCAAUGCAGUUUCAGGUCAAUGAUGUUGAUCUAACUGAAGUAGAGGGUGGGGAGGUUGCAACUACAAAUUUGCAUUCCUGCAAUGGCCCUGAGUUUGUUAUACAACUUCAUUUUUCCAUGAAUCAAUUCACCUCUGCAAAGAAAAGUCCUGGUUCAAGGCUUUGUCAAGAAGCUAAUGCACGCCUGAAGUGUGUGUACUUUCCCAUUAUCGAGGGCAAAGAGAGCUUUGAUAGGAUUUUGGAAGAGCUUGAUGCCAGUGGAUGUAGAAUAAUGGAGAACUUUGACAACUUUUGUCGUGUAUCAAUUCGUCGGUUAGGCCGUCUACUUCCAGAUGCUCGUUGGGGAAUACUUCCUUUUAUGGAACCUAGGCAAAAAAAAGGAUACAGGGCCCAAUUGUUGAAGAGAUGUUGCUUGAGGGUGAAAUGCUUUGUUGAGACUGAUUCUGGUUUCAGUCCUACACCUUCUAAGACUGACCUAGCACAUCAUCAUCCAUAUACUACCGCCUUGAAGAAUUUCGGUCAAAAGUAUCCUGAGAAGGAGGAUGAGACAUUUAUUGAAAUUUCUAGAGGUGGAAAACUUUUGAGCCUUUCACAACUAGAAAAGGAGUAUCAUGAUUGGGUCAUGCAGAUGCAUGACAGAUAUGAUAAAGAAGACUGUGGUGAUGAUGAGGCUACUUAUGUUCUGAACCCAUGCAACAAGAAGGGGCUUGCCAUUUCUUCUGAUGUUUUGAGGGUUCACAAAGCAAUAUGGCGGAAAGGGACAAUUUGGAGAUCGGGCCAGAAAGUUAAAAUCCUUAAAGGAGCAGUUGGCUGUCAUAAAAACAACAUUUAUGCAACACUAGAGUACAUCUUGAUCGAAGAAUCAGAAGGAGAUGUGGGUGGGGAGGCUCGCCUUAUUUGCAGGCCACUUGGUGUCCCGGAUGAGAGGGGCUGUUUGCUUCUGAAAAAUGCUGAAAAUUCCACUCUGGACAUUCGUGGUUCUUUAUCUUUUCCCAUUAGUGUGAUCGAUUCUGGAAAGUUUCAAGCAAUAGAUAUUGAUGAAUGGAAUUUGCAACUGGAGAAACAACGUCAAAAGGCUCCAGCAGUAAUUGAUGUACUUAAUGUUGAACAGUGUCAACAAUUGGAAAUUGAUGGGGCACUACCAUUCAAUGCUUCAGUUCAUGCUGGGCAUGCAGUUCCACCACAAAUUACAGCAGUUAUUAGGCCUGAAAGUUUCAUUUCUUCUAGCACACCAAAAGCUCUGGAUCAAAAGCACAUUUUUAGGGGUGAUUUGGAGAUGUGUAUGGAAAUUAAAUUUUCUAAAGACAACACUAAAUGUGGUGGAGACCACAUUUAUGCAGAACGUGUAAAACCUUCAUCUUGUAAAGGUUUUCAUGGCUUAUAUAUCUUUUCACUUGGAUGCAAAUUUCCUGAGCUUUUUCAAAGAGCUGGCGUUUAUAUGUUUUCAUUUUCUGCAGUCUGUACAGAUUCUAGUAUUAAGGUGUAUGAAAAAAGUCUACUUGUCAAACCAUCUUCUGAAGUCGGGAAUUGGGGACUCAUAAGUGAUGUACAGAAGUUGUCAUAUUGUGUAAGGGUUGGUUCAUGUCUACCACCAGUUUCUGUUGCAUGCUAUGACAUAUACAAUAAUCGCAUGCCAUUCCCAUGUAUUCCUGAACUAAUGGUCAAACUAGAGAUGAAAAGAGAUAUGAUUGUCCAUGUGAACAAAAUGAUUGUGGGGCUUUCAUCUGAUAAAAUGACUAUGGAUGUUAAGAACAUACUGAUCAAAACUAGGGACUUAGAUUGGAUUCGACCCAAUUACAAAGCAACUUUGGUGAUAUCUUCUCAAGAUGAGUUAUUGUCUGUUGCUAUUCCUUGUCAAGUCACUCCUGGACCUUUAAGUCAUGUGAAGGAUUGGUCCCCAAAUUUGAAGAAAAAUUUGCUUCCUGGAGAUGUGCUUGAGAAGCUUUUGUUAGAGAUGUUGGAUGAUUAUGGUAAUCACCUCCAGGAAGGAGAUGAGAUUCUCUUGAAUGUGGAUGGACUUUCUGUUCAAUAUAAUAAGGGUUCGGUAUACAAGGUGGAUGAUAGAGGAUAUCUCAACCUUAGUGGGCUUCUAAAAGUGACAGGGAGUUAUGGAAAAACUGUGUCCCUUUCUGUUUUCCUGAAUGAGAAAAUGUUAUUCAAGAAAGAAUUUCAAGUUGAGAAACGGGAGCUGAGAAUUGCGUCCAAGGUACCUGAUUAUUGUGCUGCUGGUGGUCAACUGGAAAAUAUUAUGUUUGAAGUUGUUGACUCUGAGGGUGUUGUUGAUCAAACUAUUCAUGAUGAUGUUAAAUGUGGUCAGUCUCAUACACUAACAAUAAAAUCAGAAUCAUCAGGAAUAGAUGAUACAGUACGGUACACUUUCCAACAUGGACGAUGCACCAUUCCCUUUAUUAUUGUUCCUCAUGAACAAGGAAUCUUCCGCCUUCUAGCUGCUCAUUCACAUCACCCUGAGCUCCACCAGAACAUUGAGGUUCAUGUAACAAAAACCCCAAAGCCGGAACAUGAUGAUGUGGCCCAAUCUCAAUAUUCAGAUGAAAAAACACUCUUUCCCAGGGAUUCAUCCCCAUAUGACAUGCAUAUGGUCUCCAUUGUUGAGACCAUUAUUAAUCAAGAGAAGGAUCUUGAGGGCAAUGUUUGCAAUAUUGGUUCGCGGGUUGGAGACCAUGAAAGGAAACUCAAAAUGCUGAAUGAGAAGAAGGAAUCAACAGAGCAAGACAUAUAUAACUUGGAAGCAUUGAUGGCACCUCAACUAUUGAGCCAGUUGGACAAUGUGUUGAAUGAGAAAGAGAUCAUAGUGAAACGGAUUGAAAGAAAAGUUGGGACAGCUGCUGCUGUUCUGUGUAAUUUUUCAAAGGCUGUUCAGUUGCAAGAACCACAGGACUAUUUCAAGCAAGAUAUGGUUGGUGUUGUUGCACUUCUUGGAACAGUUGAUAGUAAUGACCUUAGUAGGAUAUUUGCAGAAUAUUUGGGUGAAGAAAACAUGCUUGCAGUUGUAUGCAAGUCCUAUGCGGCUGCAAGUUCUCUUGAGAAAUAUGAAAAGAAUGGAAAGAUAGAUCCUGAACAUGCACUCCAUGCAACAGCAGCUGCACUUGGGAAAUCAAUCAAUGGCCGGUUUCUUGUGAUCUGCCUUGAAGACAUAAGACCGUACAGUGGAAAAUUUGUUGCCAAUGAUCCUCAGAGGAAGUUGGCCUUGUCUGAACCACUCUUACCUAGUGGGAACAUCGCACCUGGAUUCUUAGGAUAUGCAGUUAAUAUGAUCAACCUAGAUAUUCAUCACUUAAAAACAAGGACGGCUAAAGGUCAUGGGCUGAGAGAGACACUAUUCUAUCUUCUUUUCGGUGAACUCCAUGUGUAUGACACUAGGGACCACAUGAUACAUGCUCGUGCCUAUGCAAAGCAUGGAGCUGUUUCGCUGGAUGGUGGAAUCAUGAAAGGCAGUGGAGUUAUUUCCCUUGGAUAUUGUGAACCAGAAGUUUGCUUUCCAGUUAUCACAGAAGUUCAAACAUGUUUCCCUCCGCACACCAUGGAAAUUCUGAAACAGAUUGAAGAUAAAAGGUUGGCAUUGGAAGUCACUCGUGAUGAAAUAGUCAAAGAGAGUAUGGCCCAUGCCGAAGCUUUAAAGAAAUUCGGGAAAAAAAGCCGGAAGUAUCGUGAGUUCAUGGAGGAGAUGGGACCUUUUAUAGGAUACUAUUUAGAGUACAAUUUGAACAAAGAUGGGAACUAGAAAAUAGAAAUCACUACUUCCAUGUUUUGUUAAGCCUAAUUAUGUUUGUAAAUGGGUGUAUUGAUGUUGCCUUGCUAGCUGGUUUUAGCAGGCUUUUUUGUAGAAAUGGAGUUGUUACUCGACCUCAAAAUUAUAUCAAAUGUAUAUAAAUAUGUAUAUACAUCAGUACUGAAAAGAGCUUUGACAGCUUGUGAAAUUGGUAGGAGCAAUAUAUUAUAUAUGUAAAGGCACCGUUUACGAUCAAAAUCCUGAGGUACUCAUCACCAAGGUUCAAAAUUUCCCA